AUGGAUAUCAACACCGCAAAGCGUUUCCUCCCUAUGCUAAUAUCCUAUGUAAUCGACUGGGUGUUUAUCGUCGGAAUAGCUCUAAUAGGCUACGGCUUCCACAAAGUCACUCCCAACCACCACCCCUUCACUCUCACAGAUCCCAGUAUCUCGUAUCCCCACACGGCCGACGAAACGGUCACCACGGUGGUCCUGGCGGUGGUCGCUUUGAUCGCGCCGGCUGUGAUCGUUGUUCUCGCGACGCUGGUGUUUAUCCCCGGGUCCCAGUCCCAGCUCUCACCGGACCGGGUCACGGCCUGGCGGUUGAAGAUCUGGGAGUGGAAUGCUGGAUGGUUGGGGUUGGGGCUGGCGGUUGCUGGGGCGUUUAUGGCGACGGAGGGGCUGAAGGAUUUGUAUGGACGGCCGAGGCCGGAUAUGUUGGCUCGGUGUGACCCCGAUCUGAGCAAUGUAGGGGCCUAUGUGGUGGGCGGAUUGGGAACGAGGUUGGAGGGGGCGCCGAGGGUGGUGAGUUGGGAGAUUUGUAGGAAUCGGGAGAAGGAGUUGGUGAAGGAUGGGUUUGUGAGUUUUCCAAGUGGCCACUCUUCUUUUGCCUUUGCCGGUUUGACAUACUUGAGUCUGUGGUUAUGCGCCAAGUUUGCCAUUGCAUUCCCCUAUCUGGCACGUUCCCCCUUCGGCCAGGAUCUGCGCGCCCAGAAGCGUGAGGCUAUUCGGGUCCAGGGCGCUGCUCCGCCCGUGCUCAUGGUGAUCCUCGCCUUCGUGCCGAUGGCGGUCGCCUUCUUCAUCUCCGCCUCGCGCUGGUUUGACUACCGGCAUCAUGCCUUUGACAUCAUCUUCGGCUCCGUCAUGGGCAUGGUUUUCGCCUGGGGCGCAUUCCACCUCUACCAUCUCCCGAUCACGCGCGGCGGCGGCUGGGCCUGGGGCGCAAGAAGCCGGCGACAUGCCUUCUUCAAGGGCGUGGGACUCCCAAGCCACAUCGGCGGCAACAACUGGUCCAGCAUGAAAGACGUUUCCCAGACAGAAGCGCACACAACACAGGACAUCGACCUAGAAAGCGCGCCACGCAAUCUAACCGAAUAA